CCGUUAGUUUUGUGCUUUUAGAGUUUUUAAUAUCCUUUAAGAUAAUUAAUCUCUGGAACGAAAUGUCUGGACAUCUCAGUCCACACUCAGGAAUCCCUGGUUUUCAUUAAAAACGAACUGUUUCUCUCACAUAGCAUCACGACGAAAUAACAGACGGUCGGGUAAAACACUACAAAACUUCCGACUCGAACACGUGAAAAAGAAAUGAAAAAUCGAACGAAAUAAAGAGACACCUAAGCGAGACUAAGUUGGCAAGCCAAAGGCCGCCAUCUUGAAGUGCCACAUUCCGAUGCAGUGAUGAUGUACUACCCAUUCAACGUAACAAAUCCACAAAGAAUGUGGAUAAUUGUUCCCCUCCCCUCUUCACCACACCAUUCUGUACUACCAGUUCAAAAAUACUGUCUGCAGAUUAGUAUAACCUGAAGGAAAGGUUUUGUAAAUAAAAGAGUUUUAGCCAUAUCAAUUAUCAUCUUAUCUAUUUUUAAGUUAUCUCAAACAUUUAUAAAACUCUCAGUAUGUACUCCUUUUAGAAUGUUUCUUAAAUGCAGUUACCAUGUAUGGAAUCAAGAUUGUAAAUAUUUUAAUGAAAUACAUUAUAAAAUUCCAUAUGUGAAGAAAUCAUUUAGAGAUACAUCAAAUCAAAAUUGAAGUUGAUUGAAUAUUUCAGAAAACAAUAUGGAUGUCUCAAAAGAAAAUUUGGAAAAAAGAUUAUCUCAAUUUUUCUGUCAUUUAGGAUUAAUGAAUUUUGACAAGUGUCGAGAAAUUUUGGAAAGGGAAAAAGAAAACAGACUAGCUAUCAGAACACUACAAGUUAGACAGCUUUUCACUUUACUCUUAAAUUUUAUUGAAGCAGAAAAGUCUUAUCAUAAUUUAGGUUUUAUGUCAACAAAGAAGAUAUUCUUGCGAAAAGAUAAUUCACUGAAAUCCAUGUAUGAAUCAUUGAGAACCGAUUUAAAUAAAAUUGAGGAUCCCAAUAGCCCUGAUCAGAACACCAAUUCUAUCAUCAAUCAACUUAUUCAAUACCUAACGGCAAGGAUUCAACUUAUUGAUUUUUAUGAGAAAAUCUACGUCUUAGGAACGAGUGUGAAACAUAUAAAUUAUUAUGAAUUGCAAAAUCAAAUAGAACAAAUAAUUGAAUCUCACACAUUUUCAUUUUUGCAUCCGAUACUGAAGCCAAUUAGAAAUAUUAUCACAAAUGAAUGUGCAAUAUUAAUACACCUAUUUGGGGCUCAUGUUGAACUUCAAAAUUGGAAUUUUAUUCCAUCAAUUAUGCAUUUACAAGCAGCUCAUACAAAAUUGACAUCUUGGGAAAAAUCUCUGCAAAGUAAAGAGUCAUGGAAACUUGGAUUCGGUGCAUCAUUCUUGAAAGGAAGUCACUUACCUCAGUUGUACCAAUGGCUGCAUAAAUUAAAGUCAUCUGUUCUGAACAAAUUCACUUUAUACUUUUAUCAAGUCCUUUCACAGCAGACUGCAGCUCAAGAAAUGAGGAAUUAUACUUCUUCUAAACACAAUACAGAUUUUUAUCUCAAAUUGCAGUAUCUUCAAAAGAAAAGUAUGGCAUCAUCUGUGCUUUUGCUGUUUGAUCCAUCUGGUUUAGUAAAUUGGACCGGACCAGGCUUUCAGCAUCCUGACAGGCCCAAAGAGCUCUUGACAUCACAAUACCUUGUCAUGAUUGCACAUCCACCUUUCAAAUACGGAGAUAGGAUGGUUGGUAUUAGUAAAGCUUUGUCUGAGAGAAGUCCAGAAUAUACGCUUCCUGAUAAAGUAGUUAGCGUUUAUAACGCUGAGGAUGAUGAAGAAGAGGAAGUAGAAUCGCCAUUAGAGAAACUGCUUAAUGGAGUUUUCCCGCCUCGUAAAUGGGAAGAGAAUGGCAUCCAGUGGUAUCAAAAGAUUUCGCCUGUUGGAGCUAAACGUAUGGACGUCAUCAAGUUGUCCCAGAGGCUGGAUAACAUGAUGGCUGAAAAGGAUGCCAGGGAUAAUGGUCUCUGUGAUGCGCGCAGGCGUCUCCAUACUGAACUGAUGGAUGAAGUGACUCGACAGAUGAUUAUCCAAGAUGAACCUUUGGGCCUCCUUCUACUUAGAGCAGAACAAGGGCGUAGGGAAUUACAGGAAGUCAUAAAUAAGCUACAAGAAGAAAAGGCGUCCCUUGAACUAGAAAAGAAAAAUGCUAUGAAAUCUGUUUAUGAAAAAGAGAGAAAAGCAGCUGUUCGUUUCAAAGGUUUGAAAGGCAAAUCAACCAUUAAUCUUUCUAAAAUCAAUGUUGCUAAAUUGAAAAUAAAUUAUAAGGGUAAGAGCGUUUUUAGGUUUAAGAACGGAGAUGUUUACGUCGGUGGCUUUAAAGUCCGUUUUCCGCAAACGAUAACUAGACAUGGAAACUACAAAGUGCCAGGAUUGGGAAGUAUACUCUCAAAGUAUAUUCACAACUUGCCCAGCGCUGAAGUUGCAUUAGUCGACGUUAAUGGCUUUUAUUGGACUGGAUGUGUCAGCGAUGGCGGGGGAGUUCAGCUGUACCCAGUGAAUCCCUUCCACAACGACCCUUUGUGGCAUGAGAACACAUCAGAAAUAUCAGUGACCAGGAAGAAAAGAUCAACUCCGAUAACCUUCAAAGUUCCAAUCACCCAUCGACGGAUUACAUUAGGAGAUUUUAAUUUACAACUAUUAUCUGAACUAAAAGAUGAAUAAAAAAAAAAUUGAAUAGUAGUUU